UUAAUGAGCAUGGUCAGAACGCUGAUUGAUCCUGGUCGUCAACAAAAAGACUGGGACGAGCAGCUUCCUUUUGCCAUGCUUGCUUAUCGUUCAUCCAUACAGGAAUCCACUGGAGAGACGCCUGCCAUGAUGAUGUUGGGUAGAGAACUGUCAUUGCCAGUUGAUGUCAUGAUACCACCGCAGCAAUCUGUAGAUGAAAGGAACAAAGACACAGAUUAUGCAGAGGAACUUAGAAAUCGACUUCAUGAUGUGCAUGACAGGGCGAGGAACAAACUGAAACUAUCUGGAGUGAAACAAACUAGAACCUAUGAUCGCAACACAGAGCUGAACAAGCAUAAUGUUGGCGACUGGGUUUGGCUCUCUGACCUCCAAAGGAAGAAAGGAGUCUGUCCUAAAUUAGUGUUUAAAUGGGAAGGCCCAUAUCUUGUUACCCAUCGGUUAUCAGAUGUAGUGUACCGAAUUCAAAAGUCGGAAAAGGCUAAACCCAAGGUAGUUCAUUAUGAUAGAUUGAAGGCAUAUAAUGGCGAAGCACCAAGGAAUUGGCUGAACAGUAGGCGUACUAAUCCAAACAGGAAUAGACGAAUCCCACAAAGAUAUUUGGAAUAAUUUUACUGAAAGCCAAAUUCUCCUUACUUUUCUUU